AUGCGACUUUUACGAAACGGUGUUGCAUGGUUGAGAUGCAUUAUACGUCGAUAUCCCACGAUUUGCCUGGUGAAUUUUUUCCUUCACACCAAGGAUCAAAGGAUAAAUAUUUUGCCAAUGAUACUAACUCCUCCAGUGGUAACUUGUUACCCGGUGACAUGAACCAAGGCGAUAAAAUUUACAAGGACCGCAAAGAGCACAAAGAAAAAUAUCGAGCAUACCGGAAAUACUCAGAGCUGACACCGCCAACUCUACAUUCCUAUGAUAAUUAUGGAAACUCAUUGGGAAGUAAGUCAAAUUCAUUACCAGGACGAUCGAACACAACGCUACAUGGAUCCGAGCCACUGGUGGCUACUGGAAUUUCACCAGAAGAUCUCGCGAACCAGUUAACACUUUUAGAUCUGAGUGUCUUCAAAGCAAUAAGGCCUGAGGAGCUGUCGAGCUGUUCAUGGAACAAAAAAAAUAAACUUCUGGUAGCUCCAAAUGUCGUUGCAUUUACGCGACGAUUUAACCAUGUCAGCUUUUGGACAGUCCAGGAAAUUCUUAAUUUUUCGACGCCUAAACAGCGUUCGGAAAUGAUUGCGCAUUUUAUUCGGGUCGCUAAGAAAUUAUACGACUUGAAUAAUAUGCAUUCAUUAUUUGCCAUUAUAUCCGGCCUCCAAAGUGCUCCAAUAUAUAGGCUCAAUAAAACAUGGGCAUGUCUUUCUAAGAAAGACAAAUGUACAUUUGAUAAACUCGCUGAAGUAUUUAGUGAUAAAAAUAAUUGGACUAAUUUACGUGAACACAUGGUUACUCUUAAAUUACCAUGCAUUCCUUAUCUUGGUUUAUUUCUUACUGAUCUUGUUUACAUUGAUAUGGCUCAUCCACCAUCUAAAAAUAAUGAAAAUCAUCAGCGAGCUAUAAAAAUGAAUACUGUGCUUACAAGAGUGACAGUAUUCCAAGCAAGCGAAUACUCUGGAAUAAUUCCAUUACCUGAUGUACAAAGAUAUUUAAACAAUGUUCGUUAUAUCGAAGAACUUCAAAAGUUUUUAGAAGACGAUCAUUUUAAACUGUCAAUAAAACUCGAGCCUAACUCACCAGUCGCCUCGUCAAGCAGCAGUAAAGAGUCUGUAGGUGAUGUCGUAACAGGUGUAGCCGCUCUUUCGUUGUCUCCCGCACGUGGUUGCGCGGGUUCUUUAAGAUUACACGCGGCUUCUGCUGCCAACAAAUUUGUUCCUGGUCAUCGCAAAUGUCGCAGCUUAGGAACAAAUAUAUUUGGUAAAUCAAACGUACCACCUGUGGAAACAAAUCAAGUGACUGUUCGUCAUCUUCUAGAUGAUUCAGUGCUAGAAGAGCCUCAUUUGGUAUCACCAACUGUUGAUUUGGAUGAAAAUUCACCAGAGACUCCGGUUGACUCACUCAAUGACGACUGCAGUUUACUUUCUCGUGUUAGUACCCUUCCUAUUCUACCUUGUGAAAUUGAUGGUGUAAUGGAACCACGUUGUUCGAUGCAAGGAUCAUUAAGACGUAAAGUUAUUCUAAGAGAUGGCAAAAAACCAACGGUUUCAACUUGGCAAAGAUAUUGGAUACAACUAUGGACAACGUCGAUCGUUUAUUUUUCACCAAAAUGUUUCAAAGGAUGCGAUAGAUCCGAUUUCAAACGUGAACCAUACAAAAUGGUAUCAAUAUUAGGAUGGAUUGUUGAGUAUGGUGAUAGUAUAUUUCAUCGAGACACUUUUCUAUUGACUGAUCCCAAUAAAGGUAAUGUUUAUAAAUUUCGUGCUGGAUCAAGUGAAUACGCAGAGCAGUGGGUGAAAGAACUUCGCGCAAUUGUUCGAGGAAUGAUUGAUAAGAAACCAGUUCCUGCAAAUCUCAUGUCUUUUGAGUAA